UCGAUGGUAAACAGCGGCAGGGAAGAGGAAGCAUGAAUUCUGUUCUGAUCAUAAUUACUGUACUAAGUUGUGUUUCAGCAAAUGAACGAAAAGUCAACCAUAUUAUUUCCACACUCGAGAGGGCAGUUCUCUUCUUUGAAGUCAACUAUGAUCGAUUUAAUUUGGAUGGUGUGACAGGGUAUCGUGUAUUACAAGCUCUGCUGGAAGAUACGUUGAAGAGAUGGACUCUUUCAGGACCUGAAGCUGACUCUCCGUAUACAAAGGUGGAGGAUCUUGUGAAAAAAGUGGGCUUCACAGUAGAAAUGGCUAUCAAAGAAUUAAAAUUACAUCAGCCUGCAUAUUUUAAUGCCUUUGAACCAAUACUACAAGUUAAUUUCUGGACUUUCAGACCUGAAUGGACACAGACAGACAGAAAAUUGGUCUAUCCUAAAUGGAGGGUUAAAGAAUGUUUUGAGGAGGAGGACAGUGACAUAUGUAUGUUUCAAAUAUUGGGUACCUGGAAGGAUUAUAGAGUAAAUUGCCUGGAUACAGCCAAGUGUACGAAGUUGAUGACGACACUAUAUUGCUCAGAUUACUCCUUGUCACACCAGUUGAUCUACUUCAUUUUAGCUGAGAUUAAAAAUUGCACAAAUAUCGUAGGAUCACAGCACCCACAGUCAAGAAAUUCAAUCAGUACUCAGCGUCUUAAGAAAAUCUUCUGCACCAAUAUGAUGGAAAUAAACUUGCAUAUUGAAAAGGAUGGUUUUCCAGUAUAUCAACGUGAUUUAUUUCUGGAAAACAUAAUGCUUUGCGGAAUGAUUGGAUAUUCUGAUUUCUACAAGACCAGGUGGCUUGAAGCCAUUCUGUCAUGGCAGUAUCCCAGUGGUUGCUACGUGGAGACUGGCAGGUCUAUGCACUCAGCAGAGAUGAAACAAAAUGCAUUCACAGAACACAAGAGAGUGAAGAGAGAAGAUGUCUUAUUGGAUGAUAAUUGUUCAUGUCACAAGACUGCCGUCGCUGUAGGAGCUCUGGGCAGUUACCUUCGUUUCUAUGGAAUAAGCCAGAACGUCAUAGAACCAUGAAAAAUGCAACAAUAAACUCCAACUUGUCCUUAUGAUUAUUUU